GCUCACCAGGGUCAGCCGGUCACAUGAGAGUCACACAGCCUUGACAUCUUGGGAAAGGGAUCUGCAAUUUUCUCCGAUAUUUAAUACUCUGGAAAGAACAAAUAAGCAGCAAAAUGGCUCUCAGUGAUGCAGAUGUUCAAAAACAGAUCAAACAUAUGAUGGCCUUUAUAGAACAAGAGGCUAAUGAAAAAGCAGAGGAAAUUGAUGCUAAAGCGGAGGAAGAAUUCAACAUUGAAAAAGGCAGACUUGUACAACAGCAGCGUGUUAAAAUUAUGGAAUUCUAUGAGAGAAAAGAAAAACAAGUAGAAUUACAAAAGAAAAUUCAAAACUCCAAUCUCCUGAAUGCAGCUCGUCUUCAAGUUUUAAAAUGCAGAGAAGACCAUGUCAAGAAUUUGCUAGAAGAGGCUACCCAAAGAUUAGGAAAGAUUACACAAGAUAAAGGAAAAUACAAAAAAGUCCUGGAGGGUUUGAUUGCACAGGGUCUGUUACAGCUGAUGGAAAAAGAAGUUGUUCUAAAAUGUAGGAAGGAGGACUCGAGCCUUGUGAAGGAGGUAGUUCCAGAUGCCGUCAAAGUUUACAAGGACAUAGCCAAACAGGAUGUCAAAGUCACUGUAGAUGAAAGUGAUUUUCUUGGAUCAAAUGUGUCUGGUGGCAUUGAGGUUCAUGCACAGAAGGGGAAGAUCAAGGUAGUUAACACAUUGGAGAGUAGGCUGGAAAUGAUCUCACAACAGAUUCUCCCAGAGAUAAGAACAACUCUGUUUGGUAUAAAUGUGAACAGAAAGUUCAUGGAUUAAUUGAAGAAUUGGCAGAGAACUUAAUACUGAUUGUUCUCAGUGGAUUAGAAAGUUAACCAAGUUUGUGAAAAAAAGGCAAGAAAUUGCAUGUUCAGAUUAUGAUGUUAGAAUUGUAGAACUUCCAUAUGUAUAUAAAGGUGUUUAUGUCACUUUGUACAUUGAUGGAUACAUUAGCAAAUCAACGGUAUCAUGGACAAUUUAAUGAUAAUAAAUAAAUAAAUAAAUAAAGGUGCAGCAGGAGAGUGUGUAUAUACCUGUAUUCAUAUUUAUGUCAGUAAUGGUGUUUCUAGAUGAGCAUUUUCUUAGUAUCGUAAUGCUUAAAGGUGAUGGCAAUAAAAUUGAUAAAACAA